CAGAGGCAUUGAAAUUGUAGGAAAUUCCUGACCUAGAACAAAGUGAAAGAGAAAGAGCCUAGGAAAAAGAAAGUAUAUAAAGGCAGUAGCCCACUGGCAAAUCACUCCUGCAAUUCACUCCUGAGCCAAACUCUUCUUUAGAACAACGUGAUGCUCAAGCUCCUCCCUUGGAGUUCUGCUUCCUGGUGACCAAGAAAUUCACAGCUUUCCUCUGCCAGACCCUUCCACCAUGACUUCCUGCCUUAAAGCCAGCCAACUGUUGACUAAAACUUCUGUCACAGAAAGCUUUGCCAACAUCAUCCAUGGCUUGAAAGUAGGACACUUAACAGAUCGCGUCAUUCAGAGGAGCAAGAGGAUGAUUUUGGAUACUCUGGGUGUUGGAUUCCUUGGAACUAGCACAGAAGUGUUUCACAAAGUCAGCCAAUAUAGUAAAAUCUACAAUUCCAAUACAUCCAGCACGGUUUGGGGUCAGCAAGACUUCAAACUCCCACCAUCGUAUGCUGCAUUUGUUAAUGGUGUGGCUAUUCACUCAAUGGAUUUUGAUGACACGUGGCACCCUGCAACCCACCCUUCUGGGGCUAUCCUUCCUGCCCUCACAGCUUUAUCAGAAGCCCUACCUCAGAGCGCAAAAUUUUCUGGCCUUGACCUGCUGCUGGCUUUCAAUGUUGGCAUCGAAGUACAAGGCCGAUUAAUGCACUUCUCCAAGGAAGCCAGUGACAUCCCAAAGAGGUUCCAUCCUCCCUCGGUGGUAGGAACUUUGGGUAGUGCUGCUGCUGCAUCCAAGUUAUUAGGGCUCAGCUUGGCAGAGUGCCAACAAGCCCUGGCCAUUGCUGCUUCUUUUUCUGGGGCACCCAUGGCAAAUGCUGCUACUCAGACCAAGCCCCUUCAUAUUGGCAAUGCUGCCAGGCAUGGAACAGAAGCUGCUUUUCUGGCAAUGCUAGGACUCCAAGGAAACAAGCGCAUCCUGGACCUGGCAACGGGAUUUGGGGCCUUUUACACCAACUAUUCCCCAAAAGUCCUUCCAAGUCUGGAUUCCCACAGUUGGCUGCUGGACGAGCAGGAUGUAGCCUUCAAGCGUUUCCCUGCACAUCUGGCUACCCACUGGGUGGCAGAGGCAGCUGCAUCAGUAAGACAGCAUCUUGUGCUUUCAGAUGGAACCCUGCUUCCUGCUGACCACAUUGGGAAAAUUGUGCUCAGGGUUCCAGAGGUCCAGUAUGUAAACAGACCCUUCCCAGACUCAGAGCAUGAAGCCCGCCAUUCCUUCCAGUAUGUGGCCUGCACUGUGCUGCUUGAUGGAGAUAUCACUGUCCAGUCAUUCCACAAAGACCAGGUCAGUAGGCCACAGGUGACAGAGUUGCUCAAGAAGGUGAAGCUAGAGCAUCCUUCUGACAACCUCCCAAACUUCGACACACUGUACUGCGAUGUCAGUGUCACCCUCAAGAAUGGAGCUACAUUCACUGAGCACUGCAGUACCUUUUACGGUCACUGGAGGAAUCCACUGAACCAGGAGGACCUAAAGAAAAAGUUCAGGGCUAAUGCCACCAGGGUGCUGCCCCCCAACAAACUGGAAAGUCUUAUAAAGACAGUGGAAAAGCUAGAAGAUUUAGAAGACUGUAGUGCGUUGACCACACUUUUAAACGGAUCAGAGGAGAUUUCAAUAUCAUCUAGUGUGUAAUCACUCUAUUACACAGUCUCUGCCCAGGCUCACGAGCAUCCGAUCCACUUUGCUUCUGGGCAGAUUCAAUAAUUUGCUUUAUAAAGCAAGAGCCUGCUGCUUGGUCUGCUCAGGAAUAAAUGAAGAAAGAGUCCAGAAUAGUUAUAUAUAUUUUUUCCAAGAAUUUUUGUGGGACUAUUCAAAUUACUUUAAAAAUAAUAAUUAAUAAACAGAAAAAUAUUUUUACAAACAUUCCAAAGUGUAAAGUCAAAGUCAACUGCAAUUUGCUAGAAGAGACAUCUUCUCAGAAUUAUUUAUGAGCUCCAGAGGAAGACGAGCCUGCAUGCUGCGGGCUGACAGUGGAACAAGGCUCUGGUCUGAUGUGCAUGACAGAGCUGUUAGAUGAGGGCUCGUUCCCCAGCACUCCACUGUACAAGGGUGCUUCUAGGGGAUCACUGGGUUCAAGUCACAUUUCUGCUACCUCCUUCAUAUGGCUUAACUUUCUGUAUUUGUUGAACAAAAAGAAAACGCAGUCUGAAGAUAAAAGUAGUUUGGCUCUAGAAUCCAUGGUCUUAAGCUUCACACUAUUUUAUCUUUUUGUGAAAAAGCAUUUUUGAGAAAAAUGUUGCCAGUGAAAAGUCAGAGAUGCAAUAAAGGAUGAAAAGGAGGGAUAGGUAAAUAUGUGAAUGAUUUCUAUAACUACAUAAAGUAAUAAAAACGUCAUCUGGAGUUUUAAAGUGCAAAAGUAUCAAUCAGUGUGUUCUAAAUUCCUGGUGGUGUUCAAGAAAAGAGCAAAGCCCCUAACUCAAGGUAUGGAUCUCAAAGAAAGCAUGUUAAAAUUUCUAGGGUAAAUUUGAAAAGUACAGAAGCUUUUAUAAAUUCCAGGAAACAGGAGGAGGAAAUAGAACUGGAAAAAAUAAUACAUAGGGAAAAAAGGAGAAAGGAAAAAAUAUUAAAAAGAUAUCACAUACGGAAAACACCAUAAGUACCCGGGAUAUAGCUCAGUGGAACAGCACCUGCCUGGCAAGCACAAGGCCCUGAGUUUGGUACCAGAAAAAAAAAGAAAAGAAAAGAAAGAAAGAAAAAGAAAACAUCAUAAAGAUUGGUAGAAAUUCAAGUAUAUUUGUAGUUACAAAAAGAAUAAAUGGGCUAAAUGCCCGAGUAAAUAA